GACGAACCUGAGCAGCUGCACGGCUGCUUCAGUGGCCGCGUCCGUCCGCGUCCGUCCGCCUGCCGGUCGCCCUGUGUGUCCGCCAGGCACGUCCACACAACGCCGGCCUGCCAGCUGGCCACAACCAACAGCCGGCUUCGGUUUCACGAGAAAGGAAAAUAGAAAAGAGGUUUUUUUUUUUUUUUUUUCCUCCUCUUUUUUUUUGGUGCCCAUCAAUAUGUCACCUGAGGUGGAAGAGAACAGCCAAGGUGAUAUCAGUCUCCCCCAGUUGGAGGCAGGGACCGUGUCCGAGGAUGACGGCGGGGAGUCAGCUCGACCCCUGGUGCCUGUGACUGGAGUGGGCCCGCCGCAGACCCAGGACGGGGCUGCGGCCGGGACUGGAAAUGGGGUAGCGGUGCCAGUGGUGGAGAGAGAAACCUGGACCAGACAGAUGGACUUCAUCAUGUCCUGCGUGGGUUUUGCUGUUGGCUUGGGCAACGUGUGGCGCUUCCCUUAUCUCUGCUACAAGAACGGAGGUGGUGUUUUCCUGAUCCCUUACCUUAUUUUCGUGUUCAUCGGGGGCAUUCCAGUCUUCUUCCUGGAGAUCGCACUGGGACAGUUCAUGAAGCAAGGAGGGGUCUCUGCCUGGAACAUUGCACCCCUCUUCAAAGGCCUGGGCUUUUCCUCAAUGGUGAUUGUGUUCUUCUGUAACACCUACUACAUCAUGAUUCUGGUGUGGGGCCUCUACUUUCUCUUCCACUCCUUCACCACCCCACUGCCCUGGGCCACCUGUGGACACAGCUGGAACUCUCCCAACUGUACGCAGGACUUCCGGCGCUCCUGCCACAACAACAGUGCCCUGCCUUCAUCUGCUGCCGCCGCUUCCGACCUCCUCUCCUCCACGUCCCCGCUGAACCUGUCCAUAGCCCAGCUCCUCAACGGCAGCUGCAUGGAGAUCGAGGGCAUGCGCUCCCCUGUCAUCGAGUUCUGGGAGCAUAAAGUGCUCCGUCUGUCCGGGGGGCUGGACGAGCCUGGCGACAUCAGCUAUGAGAUGGUGCUCUGUCUCAUAGCCACCUGGAUCAUUGUUUACUUCUGCAUGUGGAAAGGUGUCAAAUCUACUGGCAAGGUUGUGUACUUCACUGCUCUGUUCCCAUACCUGAUUCUGAUUGUUCUUCUGGCCCACGGAGUCACUUUACCUGGAGCGCUAGAUGGGAUUGUUUACUACCUUAAACCAGACUGGUCCAAACUCGGUGAAGCACAGGUGUGGAUUGAUGCCGGCACUCAGAUCUUCUUCUCCUAUGCCAUCGGACUGGGUGCUCUUACUGCACUGGGCAGCUACAACCGCUUCCACAACAACUGCUACCAGAACGCAUUUGUCCUGGCCCUCAUUAACAGUGGAACCAGUUUCUUUGCAGGCUUUGUGGUGUUCUCCGUGCUGGGCUUCAUGGCUAAAGAGCAAGGCGUGGACAUCAGUAAGGUAGCUGAGAGUGGUCCAGGCCUGGCCUUUAUAGCCUACCCCAAGGCUGUGACUCUGAUGCCUCUGGCGCCACUCUGGGCAGCACUUUUCUUCUUCAUGUUGCUCAUACUGGGCUUGGACAGCCAGUUUGUCGGGGUAGAGGGCUUGAUCACCGGAAUCAUGGACAUGCUUCCCCCUAAAUCUGUCCUGGGCUCUCUGCGCCGAGAGGUGGUGGCUGCCGUCUGCUGCGUCAUCUGCUUCAUCAUCGACCUGUCUAUGGUCACAGAGGGAGGGAUGUAUGUCUUCCAGCUGUUUGACUACUACUCUGCCAGUGGCAUGACUUUGCUGUGGCAGGCCUUCUGGGAGUGUGUGGUGAUCGCGUGGGUCUAUGGCGCGGAUCGUUUCAUGGACGACGUGGCUCGUAUGAUCGGCUAUCAGCCCCUGCCCUACAUGAAGUGGUGCUGGUCCUACAUCACGCCCAUUGUCUGUGCGGGAGUGUUCUUUUUCCACGUGGUGAACUACAAGCCCCUUACCUACAACACGGUGUACACAUACCCCUGGUGGGGUGAAGCGAUUGGCUGGGCGUUGGCUCUGUCCUCAAUGCUCUGUAUCCCUCUCACUGUUCUCUACAAACUGCUGUCCAGCAAAGGAUCUCUGUGGGAGCGGUGGCGGUACCUAACCACGCCAGUUUGGGGCAGACAUCACCUGGAGUACCUGACCCCAGAGAACGAGGCCAAACUGCUGCCCCCUGCAGGAACCAAGAAUAAAUGCCCCUUUGAGAGUGUCAUCUGAUGAGCUGAGCCCGACAGAACACACUUCCAAGGUUGCCCUUGACAUCAGCACACACAUACACUAACUACUCAAAAACGCAUGCACACCUCAUUUGCCCAGUAAGAGCAAAGUGCAGCUUAGUUACGCACCCCGCAGUUUUUUUAAAGCUAUACAGAAAAGCCCUGGACAAAUGGACCAAAGAUUAGAUGGGAGAAGAACUGAAAACACACCCGCUCGUAUCCAGUCAUCACAGGCUGAUAUUCCCUCCGCUCUGCUUUCUGACUCUACCUCGCUGACUCUCUCCCCUCUCUUUCCGCUCCCUGGCUCUGUGCUGUCCCGUCCCGUCUUGUUCUGUAAGUGUGAUGUGUCCAGUGCAGUUGCGAUAUCUUCCCUUUCUGCACCUUUGUGGUAGGGUUAACCCGCCUCCCAACAUGUCAUGUCUUUCUGUUGUGUGAGCAGAAACUCAAAAAUUCUGGUGAAACUUUCGAAAUGAAAGACCUCAUCUGCUGCUGAUAUGCCAUGGUCUGUGUGUGCGUGCAUGUGUGUGUGCAUGCAUGCGUGCGUGCGUGUGGGAAGGACUGUGGCAUUGGUGUCUUCAUUUACAUGUAGCAUUGUGUUUGGCCCUCGUUUUCUGCCAAGUGUAUUCUCUUAAUCAACUGUACAAAAAACAACUUCCAUUUGUAAAAAACGAAAAAUACGCAAAAAGAGAAAAUGUAUCACCACUUCACACUGUGUGUUAUGAACUAACUUAUCCAGUGUAUUGUAGGGUCUGUGAAUGUGUUAACAAUAUUUGGAGGGGAUGAUGAUCGAUAUUUCCACCGUAAGAGAAGGAGAGAAACUUCAGACUGAAUUGUGCAAAGAGCAGGAGACGGGGUUGUGGGGAGGGGGAAGAGACUUGAUGCCAUGAAAGGAAAGAAGCAAUAAAUGAGCAGAUAAAAAUGGA